GCUCUUGCUUGGAAACAUAGAACGGAAGAAAAUUAAAGGACAGUUUAAUGCCAGAAACUUCUAAUCGCAGAAUUUUGCCAAUCAGCUAACAAACCAGCAUGAGAAUCAUUAAAGAGGAGAACGUUGGGUUGGCUUCUUUCUGUUCAGAUGAUUCUGGCAUUCGUUGCUCAGAAUACUGUUGCCCAACCUUUUUCAGAACACCAAAUCUAUCUGAUCAGCAUACCAAAGUUGAUGCGGUUACUCUUUCUUUUCCUUCUCCUAUUAUCUCCUCCGUUGAAAAUGUGACUCAAGAUGAUCAUAUUUCGCACCUUGAAAUGGCUAAUUCGGAAGAUGGUAAUUCAAAGUCAUGUAAUAAAGAGGCAUCCACAUCUAAGGCCCUCCGAGAUGUGCAUAUUUCAGGUCGACUAAUGGAGGAUUUCCUUGAGCUUGCUAAGGAGAACACAGAGAAGGAUUUGGAGACUUGUGGGGUUCUCGGUGCUUCGUUUAAGAAGAAUAUAUUCUAUGUAACCACUUUGAUCAUACCCAAACAGGAAUCUACUUCAAGUUCUUGUCAGGCUUCAAAUGAGGAGGAAGUUUUCACCAUACAAAAUGAACAUUCCCUUUUUCCUGUGGGAUGGAUCCAUACACAUCCUACACAAAGUUGUUUCAUGUCAUCAGUAGACUUGCAUACUCAAUUCUCAUACCAGGUAAUGGUACCGGAGGCUUUUGCCAUUGUCAUGGCACCAACAGAUACCUCAAGGAGCUAUGGAAUAUUUAGGCUAACUGAUCCUGGUGGGAUGAGUGUCCUGAGAGAGUGCCAAGAGGAAGGAUUUCAUCCUCACAAGGAAACAGAAAAUGGGAGCCCCCUCUAUGAGCAUUGCGACAAUGUGUACAAGAAUUCGAAUAUCAGGUUCGAAAUUUUUGACUUGCGGUGAUUGUGUGCGUGGCUGAUGGACUGACAGAUAUCACUUGAAAAGAAUUAUAAUCCAAGUUAACUUUCGCAGCUUACAGAGGCUGAUAAGUUUGUUUUUUAUUUGUUUCUUUGGCUGGAUUAUAAUACUAAGUGUACAUGCAACUGUGAAUAUGUAACAAUAUGAGAGUGAAUUCUAUGGUAGAAUAUGUUGUUUUGCCAACGGUAGGGGAAGUUUUUUUAAUCCAUUUAAUUAAAUUUUAAACGUCUGAUUUAUGAGCGGGAA